AUGUUUUAGAGAACAGGACAUGAUCUCACAUGGCGAGAAGCUCUUUAGUUCCUUAAUCAUUUCACGGUUCCUUCGGAGGCUUUUUUUUCCACCUAAAACGUUUAGUUUCAGCUCAGUGAUCAGCUGCAAAAGCUCGACGGGGAGCGGAAGAGUUGAAUUAUUCCGACCUGCAAGCAGCCCCUUACAAAAAAAAAAAAAAAAAAAAAAAACCCUAAAAAAAGUGGAAACUUUUUUUCCCUGUCCAUUCCACCAAGUCCUGAAAAAUCAGAAUGGAAUUAGAGAAAAACUACCCGACUUCCAGGACCGGUAGAACAGGUAUUAUGAGACUGGAAGUAUCAAGCCUGGGGUGAUUGGAGGGUCAAAACCAAAGGUCGCCACACCCAAAGUUGUAGAAAAGAUUGCAGAAUAUAAACGCCAAAACCCCACCAUGUUUGCCUGGGAAAUCAGAGAUAGACUCUUAGCAGAACGAGUAUGUGACAAUGACACUGUGCCCAGUGUCAGCUCAAUUAACAGGAUCAUCCGGACAAAGGUACAACAGCCACCCAACCAGCAGGUCCCAGCUUCCAGUCACAGCAUAGUCUCCACAGGCUCUGUGACCCAAGUGUCUUCAGCGAGUACCGAUUCUGCUGGCUCCUCCUACUCCAUCAGUGGAAUCCUGGGAAUUACAUCUCCUAGUGCUGAAACCAACAAACGCAAAAGAGAGGAAGGUAUUCAGGAGUCUCCAGUACCAAAUGGCCAUUCCCUCCCAGGCAGAGAUUUCCUUCGGAAACAGAUGCGGGGAGACCUCUUCACUCAGCAACAGUUAGAAGUAUUGGAUCGAGUCUUUGAGAGACAACAUUAUUCUGACAUAUUUACAACUACUGAACCCAUCAAACCGGAGCAGACCACAGAAUACUCAGCCAUGGCAUCACUUGCCGGUGGAUUAGAUGACAUGAAGGCCAAUUUAACAAGCCCUACGUCGGCGGAUAUAGGGGCCAACGUCCCAGGGCCACAGUCAUACCCCAUUGUGACAGGUCGUGAUUUGGCAAGCACAACCCUCCCAGGAUACCCUCCACACGUCCCCCCUGCUGGACAGGGCAGCUACUCUGCUCCAACUCUGACAGGGAUGGUGCCUGGGAGUGAAUUUUCUGGAAGCCCUUAUAGUCACCCACAGUAUUCAACAUACAAUGAUUCCUGGAGAUUUCCCAAUCCUGGGCUGCUAGGUGAGUACUGA